GAAGUGCAGCAAGCGCUUUGAUCGCGUGACGUCAUCCCAGCACUGACACGCAUUCACCGUUCCUUCAGUCUGCGCUCAGGAGUCUCUCCUUCGUUUGUCGUGUCUGUAUUUUAUCUCUCCGUGGCUUCGCUGACCGGUUUAUGGUGCUCCGCUCUGUAUUCGCUCUAUACCAGCAGGUUCCGAACAUUUUGUCCCGGGUUGCGGUGAUGAUGAAGCCCCAGGUUGUGUUCGUUUUGGGUGGCCCCGGCGCCGGGAAAGGCACCCAGUGCACCAAAAUCACGGAGAACUACAGCUACACCCAUCUGUCCGCCGGGGACCUGCUGAGAGGCGAGCGGGCGCGGGAGGGCUCUGAGUUUGGUCAGCUCAUCGACCGCCACAUCAAGGAGGGCCAGAUCGUCCCCGUGGAGAUCACCAUCAACCUGCUGAGGAAGGCCAUGGAGGAGACCAUGAAGGCCGAUGAGAAGAAGUUCCGCUUCCUCAUCGACGGCUUCCCACGCAACGAGGACAACCUGCAGGGCUGGAGCAGCGUCAUGGACGACAAGGCAGACGUCAAGUUCGUGUUGUUCUUCGACUGUAGCAACGAGGUUUGUAUCGACCGAUGUCUGGAGCGAGGCCAGCACAGCGGACGUACCGACGACAACAGAGAGAGCCUGCAAAAAAGGAUCCAGACCUACCUGCAGUCCACGCGGCCAAUCAUCGAUCAGUACGAGAAGCAGGGCAAGGUGCGCACCGUGGACGCCUCCCACAAGGUGGAUGAGGUGUUUGCUGACGUGAAGGCUAUCUUAGACAAGGAGGGUUGAGCGCCACCAACUGCCAACAUCUGUGCUCUUCAUUUAACUUUAGAUUUGUAUUUUUAUUCAAUGCGAUUACACUCUGUCCAUUUGUAGCACUUGCUUUUUCAGUCCUUCUGUCUUUUUGAAGAUGCUGUAAUGCUUGUUGAAGAGUGUGCACUGUGUGAAUGGUUAUGUAUGUGCGUGUGUGUCAAUAGAUCAACUGAUCGAUAGAUCAAGGCCUUUGCAUAGGAAACACUAUUUGGGUCACUGCGGCAUUUAUAAUCCUUGUGCUAAGGGGUCUGGUAUAUUCUGGGGACAUAGGUUCAUAAUAUUUCCAUGUAGACUGUGUGCCGUGGAGGAGGGGACAAGUAUCAAGCCUUCAGACCAAACAGGUUAUUUUCUAAUGACGCACGGGGCAGACCUCCAUCUCUUUUUUUUCUCUUAAGCGGCCAAUGGCGUUCACCGUUCAAAUGAACAUGUAAAACAACCGUCAGGGUGGUCUGACUGAAGGAAACAGCACGGGAGAGGCGCUUUAAGGUUUGAUUGGUCCUGUUGUUCAAAGGAAGGGAUUUAUUUUUGGGAACAGUAGGAUUGUGCGCUAUGUACAAACGAGUAUAUCAUGAGACUUAACCAUACCGAACUCCAACUCGAUUCCUGCUCUCUUUUUGUGCCAUGGCUAGUCAGGCCUUUUCUUUUGAUUAAAAAGGUGACGUUUACCUGUUGCAGUGUAACUAAAAUCUAUGAUGGCCAUGGGAAAAAAGGAUGGCUUUGUUUCCACAUGAUCUGAGGGCAAAUUAAACAAUGAAAAACGUA